GUACACAGAGAGCUGGUGCAAGGAACACUUUAGUGUUUGAGACUGUGUAUCGCACGUGGUUAUAAACUAAGUGACUUGUUGCUUCCCAGACGGAACUGAACUCUUUCUUCAUAUAUCCUGACAGAUUAACAUUCAGUCCUAAGAUCUAAAGUGUAUAUUGGAGGUUUAUUAUAUCGCUGUAAAAAUAUUGUACCUACACAAUGGCAGAUUCUGAGCUAGCACAAAAAUUGGCCCGUCGACAAGCCUUUAAUGAGCGGGAAGAAGGAAGUCCCGUCCCUGAGUCUACUAUGCGCCAAGUAUUUAAUCCUUAUACCGAAUUUCCAGAGUUUUCUAGGAAGGAAAUUAAAGAAUACGAGAAGACAUUCAAAAAGUAUGACAUUGGAGCAGACGGUUUCAUUGAUUUUGAAGAGCUGAAAAGGAUGAUGGAGAACGUAGGAGCACCACAGACGCAUCUAGCUUUGAAAGAAAUGAUCCAAGAAGUAGAUGAAGACCAGGACAAGAAAAUCAGCUUUAGAGAGUUUCUACUGAUUUUCCGAAAAGCUCAGACUGGGGAUCUGGCCGCUGAUAGUGGACUUAAUCAGUUGGCCAAGUUGACCGAGAUUGAUGUAGAUCAAGCAGGAGUUGAUGGAGCAAGAAACUUCUUUGAAGCUAAAAUCGAACAACAAAAGAAACAUAAUCAGUUUGAAGAGGAAAUUCGUUCAGAGCAGGAAGAACGACGUCAAGAGGAAGAACAGCGGAAACAACGCAAAGCUGCAUUCCGAGAAAAAGCCAAUGUUUUCAGUCAAGCCAAGGCGUGAAGCUGAUAAGAUGAAUGUGCUGCACUCUAUUGGCAAAUAUAAUAAACUUUAAGACCACCAGUUAAAGAUUAUUUGUGUAUGAGCGACGAAAAGAAGAGCGUAAAUGUAUGUUCAAUCAAUUGAUAAUUUAACUUCUUCAAGUUAUUGAAGACACAACUGAGAUAUUAUGUUUUUGUAUCGUUUAAAUUUACUCACAAACUGGUUUGGUACAUAAUUUGAUUGUUGUCUAUUUUGUAUAUAUGUUUUACAGACCAUGUAAUAACGCAUAUUUUCCAACAUUGAGCUAAUAUAAAAAAUAAUAGUAUA